UUGAAUUUUACAUACAAAAUAUACGUGUGAAAUUUAUAUUACAAAUACAAAGGAAGAAAAUACAAUCUUAAAAAUGGAUUGGAUAAUAUCAGAUGAGUUGGGUUUAACGGUGGGCCAUUUAGUCGGUUGGGGUGCAGCUGGUGCCAUGAUUAUAGGUGGAGUGGCCCCUUACAUUCCGCAGUACAGGCAAAUUAAGAGAACACAAGAUGCAGAGGGUUUUUCUCUUUAUGUUUGCUUAACACUUCUAAUAGCCAAUACAUUACGUAUUUUAUUUUGGUUUGGCAAACGAUAUGAACUGCCUCUUUUAAUUCAAAGUAUUGUAAUGAACAUUACAAUGUUUGUAAUGAUCCAUCUAUGUGUUACUGUUCGUAAAAAAAAUCAAAUUAUAAGAGCAAGGGAAAGAAUAUUCACAGGUGCAAUAUUCAUGUUAUAUAUACUAUUGUGUUGUGUGAAUGGAUCAGCUCAGCCUGACGAUACGGCGCGCUGGCUGGACCAACGCAGCAACGUAGGCAGGGAGAAGCCACGACGCUUCUAUGACAUGGACAGAAAGUAUUUUUGGGCAUGGACCGACUUCCAGAGUUAUUUGGACUGUAUGCUAGUAUUCUCAGUAUUGGGUGCGGCGAUAACCUAUCUAUUGAUAGAGUUCUCACCAUUUGUAGAACUAAUUGGCUUCCUAGCUGUGUUCACUGAGGCGAUGCUCGGAGCGCCACAGAUAGCUAAGAACUAUCAGAACAAAAGUACAGAAGGAAUGAGUUUGAGUAUGGUGAUUAUGUGGACGUGUGGUGACAUAUUCAAGACUGCAUACUUCGUGAUCCGCGAAGCGCCUUCGCAGUUUUGGGUGUGCGGUGGACUUCAGGUCUCAUUAGAUAUUAUUAUUCUAUUCCAAGUGUGGUUGUACCAUGACAACACUGCGGCGGCUCGGCGAUUGCGUAGAGGUGACUAGCAGUGGUCCGAGACCGACUUAUAGCGCUCGCCUCGCGCAACUCGCGCGCGCCGCCUGUUGCUGCCACGAACCUGCCUCAGAUAUUUAUCAUGAUGUUUAAAUAUCUGCAAGAGGCUCUGACUACACUGGUUAACUUAC